CGGAGCACAGCUCUAAGGAACUCUGACUUGAGUCUGGGACACAAGGCAUCGGGACAGUCAGCCGAGGAUCAGAGCUUUACAUCUUCUUUUUUGUUCUUCAUCCUGGCCCAAAGGGAUACAGCAUGUCCGAAAUGCUCGACAACAUCUUCACCAAGAACUUCCUGAACCUUGCCCUGGAAGAAGCCUUCCUCCCGAAACCGUCUCAGCUCAAAGGCCCGGGGCGGAGUCGGCUGAACCGGUCGGCCUCCUUCUUCUCCCCCCUGUCGCCCCCGAGCCACAGCCUGAGCGCCGAGCACGUCGACGACGACGACGCCGACGGCAACAACGGCCCCUUCUGGUCGUCCAACAUCUGGAGCCAGGGCCCCGUCUCCAAGCCCAAGCCGCUCGCCUUCCGGCCCGACCGCUCCAUGAGCCUCACCGAGUCCGGCGGCGGCGGCGGCUUGUUGCUGUCCUCCGCGUUUCCCGCCGCCGCCUCCUCCGCCGCCGUGGCGCCGCCGCCCGGCUUCCCCGCCUCGUCCGCCCUGCCGCCCCAGGUCCAGCCGCCGGUGGCCCCCAACCGCUACAAGACGGAGCUGUGCCGCGGCUUCCAGGAGACCGGCAGCUGCAAGUACGGCACCAAGUGCCAGUUCGCCCACGGCGAGGAGGAGCUCCGCGGCUUGUUCCGCCACCCCAAGUACAAGACGGAGCCGUGCAGAACCUUCUACAACUUCGGCUACUGCCCCUACGGCUCGCGCUGCCACUUCAUCCACGAGGACAAGAGCGGCGGGAGUCCGCUGUCCACCGCCAAGUUCCGGGACCAGCAGCAGGCGCCGGGCGCCGGCGGCCAGAACCCGCGCCACCCGCUGCGCCAGAGCGUCAGCUUCGGCGGGUUCCUGGGCUCCUCGCGGUCCUCGCCGCCGCCGUCGUUCCUCUCGUCCAUCAACGACCCCAACCUGGGCUUCAGCCGCGCCCACUCCGUGUCCCCGCCGCCCGCCGCCCUCCUCUCCCCGGUGUUCGGCGGCGGCGGCGGCGGCUCCCUGCAGAAGGCGGCGGCGGCGGCGGCGACGGCGUUCCACUUUGGCAACCGCCAGACCCGAGCCAGCGCCGGAGACAUCCACAGCAUCCCCCUCCUGAUGGAGCCGCAGAAGGCCUCGCACUGCGUGUGCGGCCACGGGAAUAACUUUAACGGCAGAGCCGCCGGCGCGGACGGUGACGGCGGCGGCGGCGGCGCCGUCGUGGCGUUCCCCGGCGCCGGAGGCCACAGGGGGUUCGCCAAGCCCGCCGGACUCCAGCGGUUCUCCUCCGAGGACUCCCUGGAGGACAGCUACAGCAGCAGCAGCGGCGGCUCCAGCGGAACCGAGUCGCCGACGUUCGACGCCGCCACCAAGAGGCUCACGGUGUUCGAGCGCCUGUCCCUGUCCGACUAAACGGGCCGAGAGAAGAGGGAACCGAAAGGAACCGAAAGGAACCGAAGAGAACCGAAGGGAACCGAAGAGAACCGACACCUCGCUAGCCGUCGUCCGUUCGUCUGAACUUCUGUUUUCGGGAACCGGGACCGAUCCGGUACAAGUCGACCUCGUGACACGACAACACUUAAGUUCUUAAUUUAUGUUCGUAAAGCACUCGUCUCGGAUGAAACUAAAUAACUAAACGCGGAGAUGAUUUUUAAGAAUCCAAAAAAAUGUUAUCAGACUCUAUUUUUAUACUUCAAGAUAUCGUGUAGCCUCUCGAGACCUUUGUACGUGGUCUUCCAUAAGCAAAUUAACUCUUUUUUGUGCAGGUCUUGCCAGUUAAUAGCCUGGUGCGUCCUUACUGAUAAUCUGUCGUGAUCAAAAAGGGCUUAUCUUUAUCGAUAAUCAUUCAUUCCCGUGUCUUUGAAGAUUCUCAGAGUUGGACUCAGUCGCCCCCGAAAUCCGUGACGCCUGACACGUGUCAACGAUGCCAUUUUUUAUCUGUGAUAUGCACUUUACAGCUCAUCCAAAUGGGAGGAACGUCAUGUCUCCCAGUAGCAUUCAACCAAAGCUUCAUACUUCCCUCUGUGUGUGUGUGUGUGUGUGUGUGUGUGUGUGUGUGUGUGUGUGUGUGUGUGUGUGUGUGUGUGUGUGUGUGUGUGUGUGUGUGUGUGUGUGUGUGUGUGUGUGUAUGUGUGUGUGUAAUUAUUCCUGAGACCUGUAAAAGGGGCAAAAUACCGAAAGAUCAAAAGUGUGCCAGCGAUGGUCAGUAAGUUACGAUAUGAAUCUGUGUGUCACACUUUAAUCAUGUACAACGUGAUGUCGUCUUCGUGUGGCUUUUAAAUUGCACCCCCCCCCCCCCCAUCUCCCCCCCCUGUUUCUUUGACAAUCUGGUUCAGGGACUUUCACAGCGCAGUAUUCCUUUUUUCUUUUCUUUUUCCGGUCAUCGGUUCGCCUCGUUGUUUAACUUAAAAACUAAUAUAUUUAUUAUAUUUAUUUUGUGUUUUCAAAAGAAAAAAAGAAAAAUGUAUUUUGUACUUUAUUUAUGGAGAAAAUAUUUCGACACCUGUGAAAUACCAAUGUGAGGAAAAAAGCAGUAAAAAAAAAAAAAGAGUCUUAUAUUUUUAAUUGCCUGAAAAAAAGGGGACAAAGUUAAUUUCUGAAUAAAGAAAUGAAUUUA